CAGGCGGGCUGGUGGAAAACCUGCUGGGGCGGCUCCUGGCCCCUUACGCCUUGUCCUCUAGCCUUUCUCCUUCGCAGAACGGCGGCUGACGGCACGAUGGACCUGGCCGGGCUCCUUCUGGAUGAAGAAGGCACCUUCUCCCUCUCCGGCUUCCAGGACUUCACGUUCCUCCCAGGACAUCAGAAGCUGAGUGCACGGCUCCGAAGGAGACUCUACUAUGGCUGGGACUGGGAGGCCGACUGCAACCUGGAGGAGCUCUCCAGCCCUGUGGCAGACAUUGCUGUGGAACUGCUCCAGAAGGCAGCCCCCAGCCCUAUUCGCCGCCUCCAGAAGAAAUAUGUAGCUCAUGUGUCCCGGGAGGCAUGCAUUUCCCCGUGUGCAAUGAUGCUAGCCUUGGUGUACAUUGAGCGGCUUCGGCACCGAAAUCCAGACUACCUCCAGCAUGUGUCGUCCUCUGACUUGUUCUUGAUCUCCAUGAUGGUGGCCAGUAAGUACCUCUAUGAUGAAGGGGAAGAGGAGGAAGUCUUCAACGAUGAGUGGGGAGCUGCUGGGGGUGUGGCUGUGCCCACUCUCAAUGCCCUGGAGAGGAGCUUCCUGAGUGCCAUGGAUUGGCGUCUCUACACUGACCCUCGGGAGAUCUUUGAGGUGCUGAGCUGGCUGGAGAGUUGUGUGGCUGAACAACAGGGGCAACGGCGGGGCUGGUACACCUACACAGACCUGUGUGUGCUGCUGGAGCAGCCUGUCUGGCAGCUGGCCCUGGGCUCCCUCUGCCAGCACCUGGCAAAGCUGUCCUGCCUGUUAGCCAUGGCGUACGUGAGCAGCAUGGCCCUGGCUGUGGCAUCAGUGGCUGUAAUACACCAGUCCUUAGGGCUAUCCUGCAGCCCUUCACCUGGACCCCCCGACCUUGGACUCUCCUCUGGGUGCCUCUUGGAGCCCUGCAUAGCUUCUCCUGCGCCACAGUGCCUGCCGCCUCUGGCUAAUAUCUCCGUCUGCCUAGAGGGGGACACAGGGCUGCGUUCACUCUGGGGAAAUCUUUUGACCUCCCUGACUCCUCCAUCACUGCCUCCCCCAGACCCUCCUGCCCCUCCCACUCGUCUCCACAACUGCCCCCUUUGCCAGAAGCUUCGGAGAGACUCCCCAACCUGCCGUGCCUGCCACCAGCCCAACCAUACGAUCUCUGCGGGGUCUCCUAGCUCCUGGCACCACACCCAUGGCCUGGUUCCCCCUUGGCCUUGGAGCCCGAUGCCCCCUCCACUCUCCCAGCCCCAGCAAUGUUCCCUCUUCAGCAUCAUGGAGUUGGCCCGUCUCAAGUCUUUCAUUUUCCCCAGCUAG